AUUGCAAGUAAACAAAUAGAUAUUUCGUUUGUCAUCUCUUGUUUGUGUUGACCACCGAUUGUCACUCAUUAUCACCACUCGUGGACUCGUGCUGUUCAUCACACCAUCAGAGAUAAUGUUGACCAGAGAUGUGGAGAUGACUGGUUCGCUGCCGAAGGAGUUGUUGCUCUCCAAACACAUCCACUUUCUUCGCAAAUACGCCGACAAUAGUAAUGAAAAUUACGAGCAAUUGAUGGUCGAGUACUUGAGAAUGAGUGGCAUCUAUUGGACCACAACUGCUCUUCAGCUGAUGGACAGCGACUUUGACAAAGCUGGAAGGGCUGACAUUCUGGCGAUGAUCAAGACGUGUGUCCACCCGAACGGUGGCAUAAGUGCGGCCAAAGGUCACGACCCGCACCUGUUGUACACGUUUAGCGCCAUUCAGAUAAUGGUGUCGUACGACGCCCUCAACGAUCAGAUUAUAGAUAUCGACAAAACAGCCCAAUAUAUCAGAUCUCUUCACAAAAGUGACGGCAGUUUUAUGGGCGACUCGUGGGGCGAAGUGGACAUCAGGUUCUCGUUCGCUGGGAUCGGGAGUUUGGCAUUACUCGGCCGCUUAGAUACCAUUGAUUUGGACAAAACCAUUGAUUACGUAAUGUUGUGCUACAACACCAUCGAUGGCGGCUUCGGCUCACGACCGGGCAGUGAAUCACACGCCGGACUCAUAUACUGCUCGUUAGCGAGUCUGUCAAUAGCGGGUCAAUUGGAUCGGAUAGACGCAGACCUAUUGGGCUGGUGGUUGGCUGAGAGGCAGCUGCCGUCGGGCGGACUUAACGGUCGGCCGGAGAAGUUGCCGGACCUGUGCUACUCGUGGUGGGUGUUGGCGUCGUUGACAAUCAUCGGGCGCUUGCAUUGGAUCGAUAAACACAAACUGUUGCGCUUUAUUCUGGCGACUCAGGACGAAGAGACCGGUGGCUUUGGUGACCGACCCGGCAAUAUGGUUGACCCCUUCCACACACUCUUCGGACUCACGGGUCUGUCUCUGUUGAGCCAUCAGUACAGUUGCGAUCCAAACGAGUCGAUCCCCGCCGACCACAACACCGACGAUGGCUUUGAUUACGCGAAUCAAUGGAAAUCCAUAUCAGAAAAGAUUAAACAAAUAAAUCCAGUCUUUUGUAUGACUCAGAGUGUAAUCAAUAGAACUAAUAUUAAACUACAAUACCUUUCGCUUUAAUUAA